GCAGAGAUCAGUCGUGGAGAUAUCCUUGGCAGUCAGUUUGGAGCUUUCCACCAUGUCUUGAACGAUGUGAUGCUAGCUGUCACGGAGGAAGAAGAUGACGAGUUGGCGAAGCUGAAAGACACGCAGCCUGAACGCUGGCGCGAGUUGAAAGUGCAAUCCUGGCAGCACAUCUUCGAUCUAGACUGGCACGGAGAGGAGUACAACCUUCAAAGAGCAGAAAAUGCCGAGAUCCAAGGCGUGCUGUGGCAGCUCCCCAUCACUGCCGUGCAACGUGCACGUCGCAUCAUCGAGAUCGGACAGUCGCGUGGAACCGAGGGAGCCGAAGUAGACUACUCAGGCGUCACUGUGGGGGAAGACGUGCAACUCCGGGCCGAAUGGAUCUCGGAUCGUGGCUACAACCCACCCCUUCACUUGCGUGUCACCGUCACGUCUGUGACAAGCAGCGGCCUUGCUGAAGCACUGGGUGUGCGUGCAGGCUGGACGGUUGCGUGCAUUUUGACCGCAGUAGACGAUGAGGACCCCUUGCCAUUGCUCGUGAAGCAGGACGGCGUCCAUGUGUCCGGCAAGAUGUAUCCUAAGAAACAGCCGCCACCAGCAGCCGAGCUAUUGAAGCAAUUGCAGGGACUGCGAGGAGUGCAGGUCUUCUUUGAGGGUUUGAGGGAAUCAGGCUCUUCAGACUCUUCGGGUUCGGAUUCGGGUCAAGAGAUCUACGAUGAGUCCCAGCAGAUACCGGAGAUAUCCCAAAGUGCGAGCUCCAGCGACUGUCUUCGCCAUGUGCGCAAAGUCUCGCAAGUUGCGCUUAUGAGGAAAAGCGUGGGUCGAACUUAUCCGGUGGCCGAUCCGGUCGACUUGCAACUCAACUGGCAAACAAUCGCGGUUCGGCAUGCAUGGAGAAAAGCGGCCGAGAUGGGUGACACUGGCAUAGGUCGACCGGAAGAGGCGGGGCCGCUCCGGGCGGCAGAGCCGGUCAAAGCCAACGCAGCGGAGGAGACGGGUCAUGUCGACUCCAUCAUGUCCAGGCUUGAGACGAUGAGCUCGGAGGACCGUGUCAAGCUAGAGGUGAUACGCUUGAUGAAGUCGCACGCUCGAGAAGCUGUCCGUGUUGAGGUUCUGCAGGGCAGGCGAGACGCACGCUGGAAGGACGAGGGGAGCACUGCUCUCGAACUUCUUGGCGACUACCUGGACCUCGUCGUGGUAUCCACCCACUGUACCUAUGGUACUGAAGCGAACGACUUUGAGGGAAGAAGCAAUGCAAUGUCCUUGUGGUGCCCUUCGGUUCGGGUCGAGUGCAACUUCUUGUUGGUGGUUGAUCAAAAGCUCAUCACAUUUCUGGACAGCCUAGGUCCGGACGCAGAUGUCGAUUUUGCACAGCAGCUUCUCGAGUCUCACAGCUGGGACCUGCAGGCAGCUCUUGAGACGGUCACAGGCGGAAGGGGGCAAACGGCCGUCUCUCCUGCAGAGGUGCCGCUGCAGACAGAUGAGGCGAGACCGCCAAUGAGAACCGGCUAUGUGGACAGGCUCAUCCAUUCUCACGAGGAGGAUGAUGAAGCCAUUGCGAUGGCCCAAUCAGCAGCAGCUGCAGCUGAUGAAGCUUCCGCGAGGCUAGAUCUUGAGAGAGCACUCCUGGAAAGUCAGCAAGCCUUCGAGCAGCAGGCCGAGAUUGAGGAGCAAGCCGCCCUGGCGCAAGCACUUGAAGCGUCCUAUGCCGCUGUCAGCCCCAAGCACGCGAACACCAGCACUCCAUCGAGGAGCCCGGGCGCAGCGACCGCCGAGCGGCAUGUAGGUCAACGUGACCUUCGGCCGGAUGUGGAGCAAAGCAGGCUGUCCAGCGCCUCGCGACCAGGAGCAACAAGGUUUCGCUUGCAGCCCAGAUCCUCUUCUUCCGCAUCCACCUUGGUGUCCAGUGCACAAACUGCCGAUGCGCCACCAGCCCGGCCUGUUCGUCCUCCAGUCAGUCAGGCGAAGCCACCUCCGGUUGUUCCGGCGACUUCGCAAAGGGCACCCAAAGAACUGCCGACGAAAGCGCUUCACGAGACGAAGGCUUCAUCCACACCAAAGCUACAGCCCUCUGCGAAACCCAGGCCAGCUCAGAGCAUGCAGCAGCCAGCAUCUCGACAGCAGCAUCCGAACCAGAAAAUGAAGGCAGAAGCGGUCACGAAUGACCGAAGACCGAAUCUGGCAAGCCGUUGCUUGAGCAGAUUCUGUUCUUCCAGCAAAGAUUCCACAAAGGAUUCAAGCACAGAGGCUGCACGCAAGCCGGUGAAGGAGGCGCACUCCACACCGAAGAAGGUCGAGGUGGCUCGCAAGGACAAAACGGAGCCAGCGAAGCAGCCGAAGCUGGCAACGUCGGCAGCACCGCUGGCAGCUGCGCCGGCCUCUUCCCAGGGCAGUGUGGCGACUCCAAAGGCCGAGUCUGAAGCCGCCAUGCCUUCGGCCACAGUUGCUGACCGUUUCGCGGCACGUGAAGAGUCUGAGCUGCGCCGAGAACGGGAGGAGGCAGAGCUUAAGCGAAAGGAAGCGGAGGGUGGCGCCGUCCGGGAGCCGGAUCCUGUAGUCAAUGCCCUGCAGGCCCUGCGACGACAGCACUUGAAGCGAGAUCCGGUGGCCCUCGCUACCUGCUUGCAGACCCUCCAUGCCUACAUCAGCAACCUAGCCAAGAACCCACAGGAGUCGAAGUUUCAUUCCAUCAACUGCCAGAACAGCAACUUUCGCUCCAGAGUUGCAGCGCUUGAGGGAGGCAUCGAGGUGCUCCAGGCAUGCGGUUUCGUGGCAGUGGACGAGAAGCUCUGUGUCGAUCCUGACUUCAUGAAGUCCAAAGGUCCAAAGCUCUGGGAUGCCUUGAGCAAGGUGGCCGUUCUCUUGGAGCAAGUGAAAAGUUGCAUGUGA